CGCUCAAUGGAUAUAUAUAAGGGCGCACCAGCCCGGAGACUCGCAGUUUGCGCGUAAAGACCCGUUUUCCUCUCCAAAGGGUCGUUAGCGAUCGUUAGGCGCUUCAGAAUGGGACUGUUCACUCUCAUAGUUACUUUUCUUUGCACGAUCGUUCUCCCGGUUUUACUCUUUCUCGCAGCGGUGAAAUUGUGGGAGAUGUUAAUGAUUCGGCGUGUUGAUCCGAACUGUAGAAGCCCGCUGCCACCGGGUACCAUGGGUUUACCGUUCAUUGGAGAAACGCUUCAGCUGAUCCUCCAGAGAAGAAAAUUCCUCCGGAUGAAACGCCAGAAAUACGGAUGCAUCUACAAGACGCACCUCUUCGGCAAUCCGACUGUCAGGGUGAUGGGUGCCAAUAAUGUGAGGCAGAUUCUGCUCGGUGAACACAAACUGGUCUCCGUUCAGUGGCCAGCAUCAGUCAGGACUAUACUGGGCUGUGAUACCCUCUCCAAUGUCCAUGGCAUACAGCACAAAAACAAGAAAAAGGCAAUCAUGAGAGCUUUCUCAAGAGAUGCUCUCGAGCACUACAUCCCAGUGAUCCAACAGGAGGUGAAGAGUGCCAUACAAGACUGGCUGCAGAGAGAUGCUUGUGUGCUGGUUUACCCAGAGAUGAAACGUCUCAUGUUCCGCAUUGCCAUGAGAAUCUUGCUUGGUUUCGAGCCAGAGCAGAUCAAGACAGAUGAGCAAGAACUGGUGGAAGCUUUUGAAGAAAUGAUCAAAAACUUGUUCUCCCUCCCUAUUGAUGUUCCCUUCAGCGGCUUGUACAGGGGUCUGAGAGCACGGAAUUUCAUUCACUCUAAAAUCGAAGAGAACAUCAGGAAGAAAAUUCAGGAUGAUGACAACGAAAAUGAGCAAAAGCAUAAAGAUGCUCUUCAACUGUUGAUUGAGAACAGCAGGAGAAGCGACGAGCCCUUCAGUUUACAGGCAAUGAAAGAAGCGGCUACUGAGCUUCUCUUUGGAGGUCAUGAGACAACAGCCAGUACUGCGACCUCACUGGUAAUGCUCUUGGGUCUGAAUUCAGAGGUGGUGCAGAAAGUUAGAGAGGAGCUUCAAGAGAAGGUUGAAAUGGGUCUAUAUUCACCAGGAAAGACCUUAAGUAUGGAGCUGUUGGAACAAUUGAAGUACACUGGAUGUGUGAUCAAAGAAACCCUCAGGCUCAACCCACCUAUACCUGGUGGUUUCAGAGUGGCACUCAAAACUUUUGAACUUAAUGGUUACCAGAUACCUAAAGGGUGGAACGUCAUUUACAGCAUUUGUGACACACAUGACGUUGCAGAUGUGUUCCCAAACAAAGAUGAGUUCCAGCCAGAGAGAUUCAUGGGCAAAGGCCUGGAAGACUCAAGCUCCAGGUUUAACUACAUCCCCUUUGGAGGUGGCUCCAGGAUGUGCGUGGGCAAAGAGUUUGCCAAAGUGUUACUCAAGAUCUUUUUAGUUGAGCUGACACAGCAAUGCAACUGGAUUCUCUCAAAUGGACCGCCAACAAUGAAAACUGGCCCAACCGUUUACCCAGUGGACAAUCUCCCCACUAAGUUCAGUAGUUACAUCAAAAAUUAGUCCAUGCUUGAAAUUAGUUAUGAACUAACAACAUAAGCUUUGUACAUAUAUAUAUUUUUAGAUGAGCUGUCAUGUAUUUGACAUUUUAUAUUUUGUGUAUAUGAAAGAUGUGUAUAUCUAAGUCUAUUCAAAAGAGCGUAAAGGAGGGCACUACUUUUUCAUGGAUCACUGCAAUUCUAUAAAGUGUCUGUGAUGUACAUUUGUAAUGUAUGCAACUUAUUUAAUUUACUCUUUAUUGUAUGGGUUUUAUUUAAUAA